GUCACGGAACCUGUGCUGCAGCCAGGACCCAAGUUGGACUUGACUCAAAGCCUGAAAUCAAUCUGGGCCUGGAGUCUGGCCUGGAGCUGGAGCCCCAGGCCCAGCUGGACUGCCAGUGUCAUGCAGAAGAAGCUGGGCAUUGUGCCCUCCUGCCCUGGCAUGAAGAGCCCCAGGCCCCUCCUCCUGCUACCACUUUUGCUGCUGUUGGUGGCUGGGGUGCCAGGAGCCUGGGGUCAGGCAGGGAGCCUGGACCUGCAGAUAGAUGAGGAGCAGCCGGCAGGCACACUGAUCGGGGACAUCAGUGCGGGGCUUCCAGCAGGCACAGCUCCUCCUCCCAUGUACUUCAUCUCUGCCCAGGAGGGCAGCGGUGUGGGGACAGACCUGGCCAUUGAUGAACACAGUGGGGUCGUCCGUACAGCCCGUGUCCUGGACCGUGAGCGGCGGGACCGCUACCGCUUUACUGCAGUCACUCCUGAUGGUGCCACCGUGGAAGUCACCGUGCGAGUGGCUGACAUCAACGACCACGCACCAGCUUUCCCACAAGCUCGGGCUGCCCUGCAGGUACCUGAGCAUACAGCUCUUGGCACCCGCUACCCACUGGAGCCUGCUCGUGAUGCAGAUGCUGGGCGUCUGGGAACCCAAGGCUACGCACUGUCCGGUGACGGGGCUGGAGAGACCUUCCGGCUGGAAACGCGUCCUGGUCCUAACGGGGCCCCAGUGCCUGAGCUGAUAGUUACCGGGGAACUGGACCGGGAAAACCGCUCGCACUACAUGCUGCAGCUGGAGGCCUACGAUGGCGGUUCACCACCCAGGAGGGCUCAGGCCUUGCUGGACGUGACGCUCCUGGACAUCAAUGACCAUGCCCCAGCUUUCAACCAGAGCAGAUACCAUGCCGCAGUGUCCGAGAGCCUGGCCCCAGGCAGCCCUGUCUUGCAGGUCUUUGCAUCGGACGCAGAUGCCGGUGCCAACGGGGCUGUGACGUACGAGAUCAACCGGAGGCAAAGCGAGGGUGACGCGCCUUUCUCUAUCGACGCGCACACAGGGCUCCUGCGGCUGGAGCGGCCGCUGGAUUUUGAGCAACGACGGGUUCAUGAAUUGGUAGUGCAGGCACGGGAUGGCGGGGCUCACCCAGAACUGGGCUCGGCCUUUGUGACGGUACACGUGCGAGACGCCAACGACAAUCAACCCUCCAUGACUGUCAUCUUCCUGAGCGCCGACGGCUCCCCCCGCGUGUCUGAGGCUGCCCCACCUGGACAGCUCGUUGCUCGCAUCUCUGUGUCAGAUCCAGAUGACGGUGAUUUUGCCCAUGUCAAUGUGUCCCUGGAAGGUGGGGAAGGCCACUUUGCCUUAAGCACCCAAGACAGUGUCAUCUACCUGGUGUGUGUGGCUCGGAGGCUGGACCGGGAGGAGAAGGAUGCUUACAACUUGCGAGUUACAGCCACAGACUCGGGCACACCCCCACUGCGGGCCGAAGCUGCCUUUGUGCUGCACGUCACUGACGUCAACGACAACGCACCUGUCUUUGACCGCCAGCUGUACCGGCCUGAGCCUCUGCCCGAGGUUGCGCUGCCUGGCAGCUUCGUGGUGAGGGUGACAGCCCGGGAUCCUGACCAAGGCACCAAUGGUCAAGUCACCUACAGCCUGGCCCCCGGCACUCACGCUCGCUGGUUCUCCAUCGAUCCCACCUCAGGCAUCGUCACCACUGCUGCCUCACUGGACUAUGAGCUUGAACCUCAGCCGGAGCUGAUCGUGGUAGCCACAGAUGGGGGCCUGCCCCCUUUAGCAUCCUCCGCCACUGUUACUGUGGCCCUACAAGAUGUGAAUGACAAUGAGCCCCAGUUCCAAAGGACUUUCUACAAUGCCUCACUGCCUGAGGGUACCCAGCCUGGAACCUGUUUUCUGCAGGUCACAGCCACAGAUGCUGACAGUGGCCCGUUUGGCCUCCUCUCCUACUCUUUGGGUGCUGGACUGGGAGCUUCUGGAUCCCCCCCAUUUCGUAUUGAUGCCCACAGUGGUGAUGUGUGCACAACCCGGACCCUAGACCGUGACCAGGGGCCCUCAAGCUUUGACUUCACCGUGACGGCCGUAGAUGGGGGAGGCCUCAAGUCCAUGGUAUAUGUGAAGGUAUUUGUGGCUGAUGAGAAUGACAACCCACCUCGGUUUUACCCGCGGGAGUAUGCUACCAGUGUGAGUGCGCAGAGUUCACCAGGCACAGCUGUGCUGAGGGUGCGUGCCCAUGACCCUGACCAGGGACCCCACGGACGACUCUCCUACCACAUCCUGGCUGGAAAUAGUCCCCCGCUCUUUGCCUUGGAUGAGCACUCAGGACUGCUGACAGUAGCCUGGCCCUUGGCCAGACGGGCUAAUUCUGUGGUGCAGCUGGAGAUCGGGGCUCAAGAUGGAGGUGGCCUGAAGGCAGAGCCCAGUGCCCAAGUCAACAUCAGCAUUGUGUCUGGAACGCCCACACCACCUAUAUUUGAGCAACUACAGUAUGUUUUUUCAGUGCCAGAAGAUGUGGCACCAGGCACCAGUGUGGGCAUAGUCCAGGCACACAACCCACCAGGUCGCUUGGGUCCUGUAACUCUCACCCUAUCAGGUGGGGAUCCCCGGGGACUGUUCUCUCUAGAUUCACCCUCAGGACUGUUGCAAACGUUUCGUCCUCUGGACCGGGAGCUUCUGGGGCCAGUCCUGGAGCUGGAAGUACGAGCAGGCAGUGGAGUGCCCCCAGCUUUUGCUGUGGCUCGAGUGCGCGUACUGCUCGACGAUGUGAAUGACAACUCCCCUGCCUUCCCUGCAUCUGAGGACACUGUGCUGUUGCCGCCAAACACUGCCCCAGGAACUCCCAUCUACACCCUGCGGGCUCUGGACCCUGACUCCGGUGCCAACAGCCGAGUCACCUUUACACUACUUAAUGGAGGUGAUGGGGCAUUCGCUGUGGACCCCACCACAGGCCACGUACGGCUUAUGGGACCCCUAGGACCUCCAGGGGGGCCAGCUCGUGAGCUGGAGCUGGAGGCCAGGGAUGGCGGCUCCCCACCGCGCAGCAGCCACUUUCGACUUCGAGUGGUGGUGCAGGACCUCGGGACUCACGGGCUGGCUCCGCGGUUUAGUAGCCCUACCUACCGUGUGGACCUGCCCUCAGGCUCCACUCCUGGAACUCAGGUCUUGCAAGUGCAGGCCCAGGCGCCAGAUGGGAGUCCCGUCACUUACCACCUUGCGGCGGAUGGACCCAGUAGCCCCUUCGGCGUGGAUCCACAGAGUGGGUGGCUGUGGGUACGGACAGCGCUGGACCGUGAGUCCCAGGAGUUAUACACUCUGAAGGUAACGGCGGUAUCUGGGUCCAAAGCUGAACUGGGGCAACAGACAAGCACAGCCACUGUGAGGGUCAGCAUACUCAACCACAAUGACCACAGUCCCCGCUUGUCUGAAGAGCCCACUUUCCUGGCCGUGGCGGAGAACCAACCCCCAGGGACCAGUGUAGGGCGGGUCUUUGCCACUGACCGCGACUCGGGACCUAACGGACGUCUGACCUACAGCCUGCAACAGUUGUCAGAGGACAGCAAGGCCUUCCGCAUCCACCCCCAGACUGGAGAAGUGACCACACUGCAAACCCUGGACCGGGAGAAGCAGAGCAGCUACCAGCUCCUGGUGCAGGUUCAAGACGGGGGAAGCCCACCCCGCAGUGCCACGGGCACAGUGCACGUUGCGGUGCUUGACCUCAAUGACAACAGCCCCAUGUUCCUGCAGGCUUCGGGAGCUGCUGGCGGGGGCCUCCCUAUACAGGUACCAGACCGGGUGCCUCCAGGAACAUUGGUGACAACUCUGCAGGCCAAAGAUCCGGAUGAGGGAGAGAACGGCACCAUUCUGUACACCCUAACUGGUCCCGGCUCCGAGCUCUUCUCCUUGCGCCCUCACUCAGGGGAGCUGCUCACCGCAGCAUCUCUGAUCCGGUCGGAGAGGCCCCACUAUGUGCUAACUCUGAGCGCCCACGAUCAAGGCAGCCCCCCUCGAAGUGCCAGCCUCCAGCUGCUGGUGCAGGUGCUUCCCUCCGCUCGCAUGGCCCAGCCGCCCGAUCACACCGAUCCUGACCCGGCAGCGCCAGUGCCCGUCGUUCUCACGGUGACCGCGGCGGAAGGCCUUCGCCCAGGCUCGCUGUUGGGCUCGGUGGCCCCCGUGGAGCCGCCGGCCGCCGCCGGGGCGGGCUCGCUCACCUACACCCUGGUGGGCGGUGCGGAUCCCGAGGGCACGUUCGCGCUCGACGCCGCUUCGGGCCGCCUGUACCUGGCGCGGCCCUUGGACUUCGAGGCGGGCCCGGCGUGGCGCGCGCUCACGGUGCGCGCCGAGGGCCCCGGCGGCGCGGGCGCGCGGCUGCUGAGGGUGCAGGUGCGCGUGCAGGACGAGAACGAGCACGCGCCCGCCUUCGCGCGCGACCCGCUGGCGCUGGCGCUGCCCGAGAACCCGGACCCCGGCGCGGCGCUGUACACGUUCCGCGCGUCCGACGCCGACGGCCCGGGGCCCAACAGCGACGUGCGCUACCGCCUGCUGCGCCAGGAGCCGCCCGCGCCCGCGCUGCGCCUGGACGCGCGCACCGGGGCGCUCAGCGCUCCGCACGGCCUGGACCGGGAGGCCACCCCCGCGCUGCUGCUGCUCGUGGAGGCCGCCGACCGGCCCGCCAACGCCAGUCGCCGGCGGGCGGCGCGCGUUUCCGCUCGCGUCUUCGUCACCGACGAGAACGACAACGCGCCGGUGUUCGCGUCGCCGUCGCGCGUGCGCCUGCCCGAGGACCAGCCGCCGGGGCCCGCCGCGCUGCACGUGGUGGCCAGGGACCCCGACCUGGGCGAGGCCGCGCGCGUGACCUACCGGCUGGCCGCCGGGGGCGACGGCCACUUCCGGCUGCACGCUGCCACGGGGGCGUUGUCGGUGGUGCGGCCGCUGGACCGCGAGCAGCGAGCCGAGCACGUGCUGACCGUGGUGGCCUCGGACCACGGCUCGCCGCCGCGCUCGUCCACUCAGCUCCUGACCGUCAGCGUGGUGGACGUCAACGACGAGGCGCCCGCUUUCCAGCAGCACGAGUACAGCGUCCUCUUGCGUGAGAACAGCCCGCCCGGCACGUCUCUGCUCACUCUGCGGGCGACUGACCCCGACCUGGGGGCCAAUGGGCAAGUGACUUACGGUGGUGUCUCUGGCGAGAGCUUCUCUCUGGACCCAAACACUGGCAUUCUCACGACUCUGCGGGCCCUGGAUAGGGAAGAGCAGGAGGAAAUCAACUUGACCGUAUAUGCCCGGGACAAGGGCUCGCCACCCCUGUUGACUCACGUCAUAGUGCGAGUGACUGUGGAGGAUGAGAAUGACCAUGCUCCAACCUUUGGGAAUACCCAUCUCUCCCUGGAAGUGCCUGAAGGCCAGGACCCCCAGACCCUUACCACACUACGGGCCUCUGACCCAGAUGGAGGUGUCAAUGGGCAGCUGCAGUACCGCAUCCUGGAUGGGGACCCAUCAGGAGCCUUUGCCCUAGAUCUUGCCUCUGGGCAGUUUGGCACCAUGAGGCCACUAGACCGGGAGGUGGAACCAGCAUUUCAGCUGCGGAUAGAGGCCAGGGAUGGAGGCCAGCCAGCCCUCAGUGCCACCCUGCUUGUGACCGUGACAGUGCUGGAUGCUAAUGACCACGCCCCAGCCUUUCCUGUACCUUCCUACUCUGUGGAGGUUCCCGAGGACGCACCCGCAGGGACCCUGCUGCUGCAACUCCAGGCUCACGACCCUGAUGCUGGGGCCAACGGCCGCGUGAUGUACUACCUGGGUGCGGGUACGGCAGGAGCCUUCCUCCUGGAGCCUGCCUCUGGGGAACUGCGCACAGCUACAGCCCUGGACCGAGAACACUGCGCCAGCUAUGCCUUUUCUGUGAGCGCAGUAGAUGGCGCAGCCGCGGGGCCCCUGAGCACCACGGUGCCUGUCACCAUCACAGUGCGUGAUGUCAAUGACCACGCACCCACCUUCCCCACCAGUCCUCUGCGCCUCCGACUACCUCGCCCAGGCCCCAGCCUCAAUACUCCAACCUUGGCCCUGGCCACACUGAGAGCUGAAGAUCGUGAUGCUGGUGCCAAUGCCUCCAUCCUGUACCGGCUGGCAGGCACACCUCCUCCUGGCACCACUGUUGACUCUUACACUGGUGAAAUUCGUGUGGCCCGCUCCCCUGUAGCCCUGGGGCUCCGGGAUCGUGUCCUCUUCAUUGUGGCUACUGACCUUGGCCGUCCAGCUCGCUCUGCCACUGGUGUGGUCAUUGUUGGACUACAAGGGGAGCCUGAGCGCGGACCCCGCUUUCCCCGGGCUAGUAGCGAGGCUGUACUCCGUGAGAAUGCACCCCCAGGGACUCCAAUCAGCUCCCCCAAGGCUGUCCAUGCAGGGGGGUCACAUGGACCAAUCACCUAUAGCAUUCUCAGUGGGAACGAGAAGGGGAUAUUCUCCAUUCAGCCCAGUACAGGAGCCAUCACAGUUCGUUCAGCAGAGGGGUUGGACUUUGAGACGAACCCACGGCUGCGAUUGGUGCUGCAGGCAGAGAGUGGAGGGGCCUUUGCUUUCUCUGUGCUGACCCUGACCCUGCAAGAUGCCAAUGAUAAUGCCCCUCGUUUCUUAAGGCCGCACUACGUAGCUUUCCUACCAGAGUCCCGGCCCUUGGAGGGGCCCCUGCUGCAGGUGGAGGCAGACGACCUGGAUCAAGGCUCGGGAGGACAGAUCUCCUACAGUCUGGCUGCAUCCCAGCCAGCACGGGGCUUAUUCCAUGUCGACCCAGCUACAGGCACCAUCACUACCACAGCCAUCCUGGACCGGGAGAUCUGGGCUGAAACUCGGCUGGUACUGAUGGCCACAGACAGAGGAAGCCCAGCCCUGGUGGGCUCAGCCACCCUGACGGUGAUGGUCAUCGACACUAAUGACAACCGGCCCACCAUCCCCCAGCCCUGGGAGCUGCGAGUGUCAGAAGAUGCACUGCUGGGCUCAGAGAUUGCACAGGUAACUGGGAAUGAUGUAGACUCUGGACCAGUCCUGUGGUAUGUGCUGAACCCAUCUGGGCCUCAAGAUCCCUUCAGUAUUGGCCGUUAUGGAGGGCGUGUCUCCCUCACGGGCCCUCUGGACUUCGAACAGCGUGACCACUACCACCUGCAGCUGCUGGCACGUGACGGUCCUCAUGAGGGCCGUGCAAACCUCACUGUGCUUGUGGAGGAUGUUAAUGACAAUGCACCUACCUUCUCACAGAGCCUCUACCAGGUCAUGCUGCUUGAGCACACCCCCCCAGGCAGUGCCAUCAUCUCCGUCUCUGCCACUGACCGGGAUUCAGGUGCCAAUGGUCACAUCUCCUACCAUCUGGCUUCCGCUGCUGAGGGCUUCAGUGUGGACCCCAACAAUGGAACUUUGUUCACAACAGUAGGAGCUCUGGCCUUGGGCCAGGAGGGAUUGGGAGUAGUGGAUGUGGUUCUAGAAGCACGAGACCAUGGAGCUCCAGGCCGGGCAGCUCGAGCCACAGUACACGUGCAGCUGCAGGACCAGAAUGACCAUGCCCCAAGCUUCACACUGCCACACUACCGUGUGGCCGUGACUGAAGAUCUGCCUCCUGGUUCUACCUUGCUCACUCUGGAGGCCACAGAUGCCGACGGAAGCCGCACCCAUGCCACUGUGGACUACAGCAUCAUCAGUGGCAAUCGGGGCCGAAUUUUCCAGCUGGAAGCCCGGCUGGCUGAGGCUGGAGAAAGUGUCGGACCAGGUCCACAAGCAAUGGGAUGUCUAGUAUUGCUUGAGCCUCUGGAUUUUGAAACCCUGACACAGUACAAUCUAACUGUAGUUGCCGCCGAUCGGGGACAACCACCUCGCAGUUCUGCUGUGCCAGUCACUGUGACGGUACUGGAUGUCAAUGACAAUCCACCUGUCUUUACCCAGGCAGCCUACCGUGUGGCAGUACCUGAGGACAUGCCUGUCGGAGCUGAGCUCUUGCAUGUGGAGGCCUCUGAUGCUGACCCUGGCCCUCAUGGCCUUGUGCGUUUCACCCUCAGCUCGGGUGACCCUUUGGGGCUCUUUGAGCUGGAUGAGAGCUCAGGUGCCUUGAGACUGGCUCACCCUCUGGACUGUGAGACCCAGGCUCGACAUCAGCUUGUAGUGCAGGCAGCUGACCCUGCUGGGGCACACUUUUCUUUGGCACCAGUGACAGUUGAAGUCCAGGAUGUGAAUGACCAUGGCCCAGCCUUCCCGCUGAACUUGCUUAGCACCAGCCUAGCAGAGAACCAGCCUCCGGGCACUCUUGUGACCACUCUGCAUGCAAUUGAUGGGGAUGCUGGGGCUUUUGGCAGACUCCGCUAUAGCCUGUUGGAGGCAGGGCCAGGGCCUGAGGGUCGUGAGGCAUUUUCAUUGAACAGCUCAACAGGGGAGUUACGGGCACGGGUGCCCUUUGACUAUGAGCACACUGGAAGCUUCCGGCUGCUAGUCGGUGCUGCUGAUGCUGGGAAUCUCUCAGCCUCUGUCACCGUGUCAGUGCUGGUGACAGGAGAAGACGAGUACGACCCCGUAUUCUUGGCUCCAGCUUUCCACUUCCAGGUGCCUGAAGGUGCCCAGCGUGGCCAUAGCCUAGGUCAUGUGCAGGCCACAGACGAGGAUGGGGGUGCUGAUGGCCUGGUGCUCUAUUCCCUGGCCUCCUCGUCCCCCUAUUUUGGAAUCAACCAGACUACAGGUGCUUUGUACCUACAAGUGGACAGCCGGGCUCCAGGCAGCGCAACAGCAGUCUCUGGGGGUGGGGGCCGGACCCGGCGUGAAGCCCCACGGGAGCUCCGGCUAGAGGUGGUUGCCCGGGGGCCUCUGCCUGGAUCCCGGAGUGCCACAGUACCUGUGACUGUGGACAUCACCCACACUGCCCUGGGCCUGGCUCCUGACCUCAACUUGCUAUUGGUGGGGGCUGUGGCAGCCUCCUUGGGUGUCGUGGUGGUGCUUGCUCUGGCAGCUCUGGUCCUAGGGCUAGUUCGAGCCCGUAGCCGCAAGGCGGAGGCAGCCCCUGGCCCAAUGUCACAGGCAGCACCCCUGGCCAGCGGUUCCCUGCAGAAGCUGGGCCGAGAACCACCCAGUCCACCGCCCUCUGAACAUCUUUAUCACCAGACUCUCCCCAGCUAUGGUGGGCCAGGAGCUGGAGGACCCUACCCCCGAGGUGGCUCCCUGGACCCGUCACACUCAAGUGGCCGAGGCUCAGCAGAGGCUGCAGAAGACGAUGAGAUACGCAUGAUCAACGAGUUCCCCCGUGUGGCCAGUGUGGCCUCCUCCCUGGCUGCCCGUGGCCCUGACUCGGGCAUCCAGCAGGAUGCAGACGGACUGAGUGACACAUCCUGUGAGCCACCUGCCCCUGACACCUGGUAUAAGGGCCGCAAGGCAGGGCUGCUGCUGCCAGGGGCGGGCGCCACACUGUACCGAGAGGAGGGCCCCCCAGCUACCGCCACAGCCUUCCUGGGGGGCUGUGGCCUGAGCCCUGCACCCACUGGGGACUAUGGCUUCCCAGCUGAUGGCAAGCCGUGUGUGGCGGGUGCGCUGACAGCCAUUGUGGCUGGCGAGGAGGAGCUCCGCGGCAGUUAUAACUGGGACUACCUGCUGAGCUGGUGCCCUCAGUUCCAGCCUCUGGCCAGCGUCUUCACAGAGAUUGCUCGGCUCAAGGAUGAAGCUCGGCCAUGCCCCCCUGCUCCCCGUAUUGACCCACCACCCCUCAUUACUGCUGUGGCCCACCCGGGAGCCAAGUCCGUGCCCCCCAAGCCCGCCAGCACGGCAGCAGCCCGCGCCAUCUUCCCAGCAGCCUCUCACCGCUCCCCCAUCAGCCACGAAGGCUCCCUGUCCUCGGCUGCCAUGUCUCCCAGCUUCUCGCCCUCCCUGUCUCCUUUGGCUGCUCGUUCACCGGUCGUCUCACCUUUUGGGGUGGCCCAGGGCCCCUCAGCUUCAGCACUCAGCGCAGAGUCCGGCCUGGAGCCACCUGAUGACCCUGAGCUGCACAUCUAGCUGUGGCCCAGGCUGGGCCCCGACCUGGGACAUGCAAAGUGUCCCCAAUGCAGGCCCCAACUCUGAGCCUGCCCUGGGCAGCCUCGGACCUUGACUGGCCAAGGGGAGGCCAACACCAAGCCCCAAAUCUCCACCCCAGACUUCCCGUGGGGGCAGGUCCCACAUUUCACCCCAGUCCAUUAGGAGCACUUGGACUACAGAGGGUCUUCUGGUCACUGACCUGAGGCCAGGUCCAAUGUGGGGAGAAAUAAGGAAGCGGCAGCCCUGGAUUCUCUUCAGUGAGGACUUCCUACCCUGCAUCAGCACCCUGCGAUGGAGCUGAGACUUUAUUUAUUGGGGGUAGGGGUUGGGGGCGGUCCCUCCAACCUGUUUGGGCCCAGGUCUUUGGGUUCCGCUGACACCCCUACCCCUGCCCAGAACAAGUGCCAAUUCUCACUCUGGAGCCUUAAUAAACUGCAAUUUGUAUCUUG